UGCUUUUACGCAAUGCAUUCCAAGCCAAGUAGAGAACAUUGCCCCUUUCUGUACAGCGUGGCACAAAGUUACUUCAAGAUAUCUUACUUUCUGCUUCUUAAAGCUGAAUAGACUACAUGUAUAGCUGAUUCUGCCAUGAAGGUUCUUCAGACAGCUGUUGGUGUGUUUUUAUGUAUGCCAGUUUUUUUUCAUGCUGGGGAGCCUUUUGUUCUCGAUAGUUUUGUGGCCGGCAUUCCCAGGAUUGUGAGCUGGUUUAUGCCUUCCCACUGGAGUUCUCUGGAUCACUGUAAACUGCAUAAAGCUGAUUAUUAUGCUCUGGAACAUGAACUGAAAAGGAAUAUCUUUGGUCAGCAUCUUGCCACACAUAUUGUCUUGAAGGCUGUAACAGGUUUCAUAAACAAUCCACAUCCAAGGAAGCCAUUGACUCUAUCCUUUCAUGGUUGGACUGGCACUGGCAAAAACUAUGUCAGCAAAAUCAUUGCCGACAAUGUUCACAAGGAAGGGCUGAACAGCAGAUAUGUGCAUCAAUUUGUAUCUACCUUACACUUUCCACAUGCAAAAGAUGUCCACAUAUACAAGAACCAGUUGCAGACGUGGGUUCAUAGGAAUGUCAGUUUAUGUUCUCGAUCCAUCUUCAUCUUUGAUGAGAUGGAUAAGAUGCCUGCAGGCCUCAUUGAUGCCAUCAAGCCUUACUUAGAUUAUUAUGAUCAGAUUGAUGGAGUGUCCUUUCGGAAGUCUAUCUUCAUCUUUUUAAGCAAUUCAGGUGGUGACAAGAUCACAGAGGUGGCACUGGAGUUCUGGAGAACAGGAAAGAACAGGGAAGAAAUUCAGCUUAGAGACUUGGAAACCAGGUUGUCUUUAGCUGUGUUCAACAAUAAAAACAGUGGAUUUUGGCACACAAGCCUGAUUGAAAAAAACCUGAUUGAUUUCUUUGUCCCGUUUUUGCCUAUGGAAUAUAGGCAUGUCCAGAAGUGUAUACAAGAAGAGAUAAAACAACGUGGCUUGAAAGUGGAUUUGGAAGUUGUUGAAAUGGUGCUGGAUGAAUUUUCUUUUUUUCCACCUAAUGAAGCCAUAUACUCUCAAAAAGGAUGCAAAAGUGUAUCUGCAAAGCUGGACUACUUUCUAUAGACAUUUUUAUUUUCCUACAGAAGUUUUAUUUUGCCAUAAUAUUCCCUGACAUUGUUUUAAAAGCAGUUGGAAAUUCAGAAUAUUAUUUCAAUUUUAUGAAUUGUUUUUAUACAUGUGAUUGUAUUCAAGAGUCUGAAUACAUAAAUCUCACUUAAGUUGUUGGUGGGAGUCAAAUGUGAAUUCUAACUAUGGCAGGAAGUUAAUACUACAGAUUUAGACUGCAUUUAAAUGCUUAUAUUUAUGUCUCUCCAUAUUAGCAAACAACUAGAUAUGAUUUCAUCACAAUACAAAUAAAAUGUUGUCAGGUAUGGAA